AUGCUUAUAUCUCAUGCAAAUCAACAAAAAUGGACAGCAUUUAAAUUGUGUUUCGAGCACGGUUUUAAACAUCCAGGUGUUGAGAAAAAAAUAUAUAAUCGUGCGGAUAAAUUUCAAGUGGCACUUUCUAAACAGAUCUCUUCAUUUUUCAGAAAUCAUGUAGACGCCGAGCUACACGACAAUUGUCUAUGGGCUCGCAUCAGUCUUUACGACGGGAUAGCGAUCAACACCCUUCCUCCGCCCAGCAACAUUAUUUACCUAGGGAUUACAAAAACUUUUAAUUGUAAAGAAGUCGAAGAAUUGGACUUGAAAGGAAAAGAUAUCGCUUCCUUACAAGAACUAUUAUUGCAUCAAGGAUCCCAAGGGUCAUACAAUAGCUUUCGUCAAAAUCGAAUGGAGGACAACCCUCUUAUACACCCAUCCAAGAGAUCAAGUGCGAUUGAUUCGCGUAAAGAAGAAGAUAGUAGAAUUGUAUCAGAUGAUGUAAUAUCCAAAAAAAGGGAAACUGUUGCCAAAGAUACUUUUGGCUCACAGGACCAGCCAGCACUUGAUCAUUAUGAAAUUCAGGUCAAGAUUCCCUUACGUCAAAGUCAUUUCCAAAGUGGUGAGAAUAAUCCAAUAACAGCGAAAAUUCGAAUCGAAGGCAUAAACGUAUUUAAUGGAAUAAAAAAAAUGGUCGCUUUGGGAAUAAUCGUUCCGCCGUUACCGGAAUUUCUUGCCGAAUUACAAAGUCAAGGCAAGAAUCAAAUCGUGGCAGAUGAGGAUGGACGGGUU